AUGACUGCCAGGUCCCAGAACCAUAAAACGAAUAAUGCCCGCCACGCGCGUACGACCUCUUGGAGCAGUGGCUAUCACCAUCUAACGGGCACCGGCACCGGCGAAUCUUCCGAAGCCCCUCAACGACGCCGCCGCGAGUCUAACCUCUCCCUUGCCUCUGUUGGCGAGGGCUCCUCCUCCCCAGACUCCUCCGGCCCAGAUGCCCUCGGCAUGAUCCGCAACACCUCCAUGGAUCUCGACGCCCACACUCGUAAGAGCGGCCAUAUGCGAUCGCGCUCCCAGAGCCAGCAGCAGGUGCUAGCUCUGCAGGAGAAUGAGCUACCCGCCGAGCCCGUCGUCCGUCCGGGCCCCGUCACUUGGAUGUCCCUUCCGCGAAAGGGCCAAUUAGCCCUGCUCGGCCUGUGCCGUGUCUUCGAUUUCCUACAAAUCGCCUCUCUGCAGGCAUACAUGUUCUAUCAGCUCAAGUCCUUCGACGAAAACCUAUCCGACUCCGACGUUGCGACCCAGGCCGGUAUUCUCCAGGGCGCCUUUACCGCCGCCCAGUUCGCGACGGCCAUUCCCUGGGGCCGUGUCGCCGAUGCGGAGUGGGGCGGUCGCCGAUUCGUGCUGCUGGUCGGUCUGGUCGGUACCGCGGUGUCCUGUCUGGGUGUUGCUUUCUCGACGUCGUUCGCGCAGGCCGUGUUCUGGCGCUCCUUUGGUGGCGCGAUCAACGGUACCGUCGGCAUUAUCCGGACGAUGAUUGCGGAGAAUGUCAAGGAGAAGAAGUACCACUCGCGCGCCUUCUUGAUUCUUCCCAUUGGCUUCAAUAUUGCGUCGCUCUUCGGUCCUGUCAUGGGCGGCAUGUUGGCCGACCCUGUUAGGAGCUUUCCCCGGUUGUUUGGACCCAACUCGUCCUUUGGUGGCGAGAAUGGGGUGCAGUGGUUGGAGAAGUACCCCUACGCCCUGCCUAUGUUGACCAACUUCGUUUGCCUAUGUGGCUGCGCAUGCCUGGUCGGUUACGGCCUCGAGGAGACCUUGCUUUCUUGCAAGGGCAAGCCUGGCCUGGGCUCAUACGCCAUGAAGCUCAUUGCUCGUGGUGUGCGAUCAAUGCUCGGCACCUCCUCGCCUCUGUACUCUCGACUUCCGUUCCGUGACUUCGACGAGGAUGGUCCCCUUCUGGGCGGCCAGGCAGACCGCGCGGAGAGCUACGAACUUGAGGAGAAGGCCAAGCCCAUGCGUGUCAAGCGUGUCUUGCCCUUCCGCAGAAUCUGGACCAAGAACGUCUUGUGCACGCUUCUGGCCCAGGCUUUCUUCGACUUCCAGAUGGGCGCCUUCAACAACCUCUGGCUCCUCUUCCUUUCAACUCCCCGCUACGACGCCAACGACCCCGCCUCCCCCGCCCAGCGCUUGCCGUUCAUUUUCACCGGUGGUCUGGGCAUGCUUCCUCAGAGUGUCGGUUUCGCGACUGCCAUCCUCGGUAUUAUCGGCAUGUUCCUCCAGUUCACCAUCUAUCCCACCAUCAACGGCCGCCUCGGUACGGCUAAGAGCUACCAGUACUUCCUUACUCUCUUUCCGCUGGCCUACGCCGUGGCACCUUAUAUCGCGCUGGCUCCGUCCUCGGUCCCGCCUCCCGGCCAAGCCAACGGACCCUGGGUCUGGUUCUGGAUCAUCAUCGUGCUCUUCCUCCAGGUCACCGCUCGAACCUUCACCCUUCCAACCUCCAUUAUUCUCCUGAAUAACUGCUCGCCCCACCCAUCAGUCCUGGGCACCAUCCACGGCAUCGGCCAGUCCGUGUCAUCCGCCUUCCGAACCAUCGGCCCCAUCUUCUCGGGUGGUUGGUACGGCUACGGCCUGGACAUUGGCGUGGUCGGCUUUGCAUGGUGGCUGAUUGCCUUGGUAUCCAUCUUUGGCUGCGGUGCUGCCAUUUUCGUGUACGAGGGCUCCGGUCAUGAGAUCCUUCUUCCUGGCGAGGACGAAUACGACCGUGGUCAUUAG